AUGUUGAACAGUCCCAAUGCUUGUCUCACACGCUCAGAUCCACAAGAUACUACCCCAGAACCGCUACACCAAACCGAGACGCUAACCCAAACGGACAAACCCAAUCAGACCGAAUGGGCACCGCAUCACCGGACUCCGGCGACCUUAUCGAGGUGGGGCCGGCGAGGCCGGGAUCUCCGGUAGCCGUGGUGACCAUCAACCGGCCUUCGGCGCUCAACGCGCUGACGAAGCCCAUGAUGAUCUCCAUGGCGGCUGCGUUCCGGCGGCUGGGUGCCGACGACGCCGUGGCAGCGGUGGUGCUCGCGGGCCGCGGUCGCGCGUUCUGCUCCGGGGUGGACCUGACGGCGGCGGCGGAGGUGUUCAAGGGCGAUGUGAAGGACGUCGCCACGGACCCCGUCGUGCAGAUGGAGCUCUGCCGGAAGCCCAUCGUCGGCGCCAUCGCCGGGUUCGCCGUCACUGCCGGGUUCGAGAUCGCCCUCGCCUGCGACAUCCUCGUCGCUGGACGCUCCACCAAGUUCUUGGACACCCACGCCAAGUUUGGGAUAUUUCCUUCCUGGGGUCUUUCACAGAAGCUUUCUCGCAUCAUUGGGCCGAAUAGAGCAAGGGAAGUGUCACUAACUUGCAUGCCUGUUACUGCUGAAAUGGCAGAGAGGUGGGGGCUUGUUAACCACGUCGUGGAUGAUAAUGAGGUGCUGAGUAAGGCGAUAGAGGUUGCUGAGGCUAUUGUGAGGAACAACCGCAACUUAGUUGUAUUGUACAAAUCGGUUAUAAAUGAUGGAUUUAAGCUGGAUUUGGAGCAUGCUCAAGCACUUGAGAAGGAAAGAGGUCACAACUAUUACAAUGGAAUGACAAAGGAACAGUUCACGAAUAUGCAGAAAUUCAUCCAGGGCCGGAGUUCUAAGAAAACACCAUCAAAGCUGUAGGUUGCUGGUGACAUUUUCUGUGGUCCGUGUACGAUGUACAGCUACUGAAAGCGUGUUCAGUAGUCUGAAAAAUAAAGAUGUCGGUGUGGCAAUAUAUACAGUUACCGUCUUCUCAUACUUUUACGUAAGUUUAUGUUUAUUUACCGUCUGAUUGGUUGGUUGCAUCGUCUCGUCCUAGAUCACUGUGUGCAUUGACUUUAUUUGAAUAUUUGUUUGGUUGCCUGUA